GCAGUGCAUACAGGACGCGGCUAAUUGAGCACGGGCGCGUACGAGUAGGACGGACCAUGGGUGCGAUUCAGCGUGCUCAAAAUAAUCGAGCGAGACGCCGGAAGCGCUGCGCGGGGACGUCCGCCGGCCGUUCAGCAGGAAUCCGCCAAAUAGCAGCACCUAGACGACAUCGGCGCGCGCGCAGGUCCUCCGCUGUUUUCCAAGAUCAAUGAAGCGUGUGAUGACGUACGCACCAGUGUCCUGUCGCCACGGUACCGCGCGGCGCGCCGACUACGCAGCGCGCCGGCCACCGCCGGCCGCCGUCAGAGCGUGGCAAAAAAAACUCACGCCACGGCCGCCACGCAAGGACGCUGUCGUGCCGCCGACCCGGCGCGCCGUCGGAACGCGUCAGAGAGACCGCGCCCGCACACACAACACCCACCCUCACACCACACAGCUCAUCGGCGACGACUACACGUCCAAAACCACCCUCAAAGUGAAGUGCGCCCCGAAGAGCGGCCCGCCCAUCUCCUACACCAUCGAGGACGAGGUCAAGCCCGACGGCGUCGCCGGCAAGCUCACGCUGAAAUACGUCGAGCCGUCGACGGGCAUCUCCUUCGACAAGGUCACGCUGAAGGGUAGCGCGUACGGCGUCGAGGCGUCGAAGACCGUGUCCGGCGUCAAGUGCAAGGCGAAGCUCGACCCGUUUGAUGUCGGUACGCUGUCGGGCUCCGCGGAGCUCAAGGAGUCGAACUUCACGGCGACCUGCGGCGCGGACUCGAAGAAGAUCGUGGGGAGUGCUACUGCAAGCCCUUUCGCUGGUGGUGUACUAGGCUUCAGCUUCGAGUACCCGACGGGCGGCGGCGCGCUGGCGCUGUCCGCGGGCGGCUCGGCGACGGUCCAGGGCGUCUUCGCGAGCUGCAUCUACACGUCCAAGAAGGUCUUCAACUUCGGCUUGAUGUUCGACGCGACCCCGGACAUCACGGUCGCGGCGACGGGCGACAGCACGGGCCAGGACAGCGCCUGCGUCGGCCUCAAGUGGAUGUGCGGCUCGGCGCUGGCGGGCGUCACGUCGCUCGGCGUGAAGACGACGACGGCGGCGCUCAGCUUGGUCGCCGUCAAAAAGUUCGGCAAGGACGCGACGCUGGCGGUCUCGGCCUCCUCGAAGUACGACGCGCCGGGCGCGCCGGCGUACGGCGCCCAGCUCACGAUCGGGUGA